CCGUGGUACGUGGAUCCUGGUACCGUCAGUUAGCUUAAAAUAUGUGUUUGUGUUUUCUACAACCUAUGUGAUAAAAACAUUAGUGCCGUUGGAAAGCUAAUUUAAUUUGGAUAAAUAUUGUCGUUUUAAUCAUGGCAGAAAGUCUGUGAUACAAAAUUACAAUGACCAACGUUACUUUUUCCGUUGUCGGAGACACGACGAGACUUGUUCCUGCCAACAUCCCUGCAGCUUUUGAGGUGAUAACAGAUGCCAACGUCGCAACAAAUGACCUCACAGUUCACGUCACUUCUCCAUCCAAACGGGCGGUAUCUUCAAGAAUAUUGCCCGGAAACAGGCCUGGGCUCCAAAAUAUCGAAUUUGUGCCUAGUGAGGUUGGUACCCACAUGGUGGAGAUCGCAUUAAAGGGGGAAAAACUACGGUCUGGACCUAUUGUGGCCAAAGUUUAUGAUGCUGGAUUAAUACAAGUUGCCGAUGUCAGUGGCGGAAUUGUCGGGCAGCCGGUGCAGUUUAGAGUGGACGCAAGUCAGGCCGGGGAAGGUCAAUUAGAAAUCUCAAUCAACGAAGGGGAAGUUCCCAACCACGUUCAAGUUGUGGGUGGUGGACGUUGUCUAGUAUCCUUUACGCCAGACCAAGCCAAACCGCACCUAAUUGACAUUAAAUUCAACGGAGAAACUGUACGUGGAUGUCCCUUCGUAUGUUCCGUCUCUGACACUAGCCGAGUUACGCUGACGUUGUCGCACCUGGAGCUGAUUCCGGUCAAUCAACCAAGUUCUUUUCAUAUGGGUGUUACCGGUGGAGGUGCUGCUGAGUUGGCUGUGGCUGUACGGGGACCAUCCGGGGAACUACCAGUUAAAGUCAUAGGAGACAUUCAUGCGGGAUUCACUGCCGAAUUUACCCCAAUGCAAGUGGGAGCCCACCACAUUACCGUCGAUUACAAUGGCAGACCUGUGCAGGGAACCCCAUUUAUAGCCAAGGCCUUCGACUCGAAUAAGGUUACUGUCGGUACCGUGGCUCGCGGGACAGUAGGCAGACCUGUCACCUUUUCGGUGGAUGCCAGCGAGGCCGGCGAGGGUAACUUGGAAAUUACAAUUUCCGCUCGAGGACUUAAUAUACCGACACAAGUGCAUCCCCAAGGAAAUGCAAGAUUUGCAGUCAGUUUCGUUCCGGCCGAGGCCUGCGACCACGUCGUCAAUGUCGCAUUUAAUAAAAGACCGGUAGAAGGGUGUCCGUUAAUCGUAAAUGUGGGAGGAAGUGGAACCGGACCUAGCGUCACUUUGCCUGGUCCAGGGCCGGUAAAUCGACCUACAACCGUUUUGAUAAACCAUCCUGGAAGAUUGGAAGAUAUUGAAGUCAAUGUUGAAGGACCGGCAGGGCAGGCAGUACCAACCCAAGUACACUCUCUCGGCAACGAUCAGUUUCAAGCGGAAUUCGUACCCAGAGUUGUGGGCGAGCAUCGCAUCAGUGUAUUAGUAUGUGGUGUGCCAACUGCUGGUAGCCCAUACGCAGCAAAAGUUUACGACGUUAAAGCAAUCAAUGUCAAGGAAGCACCAAACGGUGUAGUUGGUAAACCUGUAACGUUCUUAGUCGAAACAAGUCAAGCCGGUCCAGGAAACCUAGAAGUCACGGUCAACGGGGGACUGGUACCUACGACUGCUCAAGCGCAAGGUCCGCACACUUAUGCUAUUUCUUUCACUCCCAGAGAAGCGACUAUUUAUUCAGUGGAUUUGAGAUUUAAUGGUCAAGACGUUCCCGGUAGUCCGUUUAAGUGCAAUGUCGCACCCGCCGCGAGAAUCAUAGGUCCAGAAGUAUUGGACAAGGUGUCCGUUGGAAAACCUUGCACUUUCGUUGUCGAAAGUCCAAGAGCGCCCAUCGUUGAGGUUCUGGGUCCUUCACGAAGGUUACUGGCUACACAAAUCAAUCCGCAACUUGAUGCUAUUGGAAAAUUCGAAGUAUGCUUCACUCCGAUCGACGUGGGUGAUCACAGUGUCGAAGUGCGUUUACCAGGUGGUCACAUAGAAGGCAGUCCUUUCCUCGUGAAAGCUUACGACGCCAGUAGAGUGACCGUCACCGACAUCACUGAUGGAGUAGUUGGUAAACCGGUUUCGUUCAGCAUAAAUGCCUCGCAAGCGGGUGCCGGCAAUUUGGAAAUCAUAGUCGCAGUAGGGGGGAGAAACGUGCCCAAUUUUGUCCAAAGCGAAGGGAACGCCAGAUUUAAAGUCAACUUUAAACCUACUGAGGCAGCCACCCAUACAUUGAGUGUCAGGUUUAAUGGACAGCCCGUACCUGGAUCUCCGUUCAGUUGCAAGGUGAAUCCGGGAAACAUUCAACCUAGGGUACCCGUAUCGGGUUCAGGAGUGCAGUUGGCGUCUGUUGACGCUCCGGCGGAAGUGAAAAUUGAAGGAGUCACAGCUGGGCAGCUGCAGGUUGUGGUGACUGCACCCACAGGCAAAAUUUUGCCGGUAAAAUUAUCAGCUACCGGUGAUGUUCACACCGCCGUCUUCGUCCCGGAAAUGGUCGGCAGACAUUCGGUGGCAAUUUUGAUUAAUGACCAACACGUUAUCGGAUCACCCUUCAGCUGCAACGUAUACGACGUAAACAAAGUGAUAGUGACCGGACCUUCGGGCCGUAAAAACGACGUUAAUCGGAAUGUCGGAGACCUCAACGUCAAGGAAUUCGGCCCCGCCGAAAUUGGAAAGGCGGUAACUUUUAGUGUCGACGCGGCCCAAGCCGGAGAAGGGACGCUUGAAUUGGUCGUUUCGACUCAACAAGCCACGAUUAAAGCGGAAGUGGUAGCAUGCGCGAGAGGGUUAUACAACGUCACUUUUGUACCCUUGACUGCGGAAGAACAUUUCGUCAAUAUUACGUUUAACGAUAUUUCCGUAAUAGGUAGUCCCUUCCACUGUACUGUGAACGAGGCAACACAAUACAUUCAAAUCGGCGCUUUAUACUCCGUCGACCUGCCAACUAUAAAUUAUCGACUGGAAAUUAAGGAUCCUGCAAAUCUAAACGUUAAAUAUGUGGUUAGCAAUUACAAAGCCGAAUUUGCUUUAACCCAAACGGGAAAUUAUAAAGUCAACAUGUACAAAGAAUCGGAACUUGUAUCCUCUCGCACGAUACGCGUGUUCGACACAUCGCAAAUCGACGUACUGGACAUUCCAGAGGCGGCGUGUCAUCGGCCGGCCGUCCUGGCUGUUAACUUAAAUAAAGCAGGACCCGGAAAAUUGACGGCUACGAUACGGGUUGCCUCGAUUGAAGUACCGCACACCAUCAGGCAAAAUCUGCUGAAUCCUAACAUGUCGGAGUUGGUUUUCCAUCCAGAAUUAGCGGCUCCUCACAAAAUCAAACUAUUUUACAACGGGGUACCGAGACCGGAAAUAAUCGAAAUACCCGUUAAAAAUGUCGGCAGUUUGCCAUGGGCAGGUGGAUUGGGUUUGUAUCAGGCUAGGGUUGGAAAAGUGACUGCUUUUCACAUGGUCACUCUGGGACGGUCUGCUAGAGAAUUCGACGUGGUGGUUAGCGGACCUAACGGAUCAGCAGUACCGGUUAGGUGCUAUCAGACGAAAACGGGCAAACUUCAAGCAGAAUUCACGGCCAAAGACAUAGGCCCGCACAAAAUUGAAGUUUUGCAUCAGGCCGUGCCGUUGGAGGAAAGUCCCUUUAUUUGUCAAGCGUAUGAUCCCGAUAAUGUAAGGAUCGUCGACAUUCCCACUUGUCAAGGAAACGUUGGAGAAAAGGUCAUUUUUAGAGUUUUAACAAAAGACUGCGGUCUGGCAGACCUAGACGUCCAAGCAACCAAUCCCAUCGGUCAACCUUUAACAAUAGAACAGACAUCCCUCGAAGAGUACUUAAGAGAAAUUAGUUUCGCUCCUACUUCGGCCGGUUUAUAUCAAGUUUCCGUUGCAUACGGUGGCGUGCAAGUAAAAGGCUCGCCUCUAGCUUUGGGCGUGGGUCCCGUUGGUCCUACACCGCCACCAAGAGCUGUCGGAAAGGGACUAGAAAUGGGAAGGGUCGGUGAAAAAUCCUCCUUUAUAGUAACCAGUGUUAUCCAGCCUAGAAUUGUAAUCGAAGCUGCCGAAGGGAACGUAGACGCCCACAUUCAGAGCCCAAAACCAGGGGAGUACCACGUGUCCUACGUUCCUAAAUGGGUUGGAACGUACGACAUCAUAAUCAGCAUCGGUCCAAAUGAUCUUCCGGGCUCUCCGUUCAGGCCGAAUAUUGUCGAUCCAGACGCGGUUCGUGUGAUCGGUGGUUGGAAUCAAUUUUUGGACGAGGCUGGACGAAUUAAGUUGCCCGUCAAAUUGGCCUUUGAUAUUUCGAACGCCGGUCCUGGAACGCUGGAAUGUAAAAUCGGCGGGAAAAAGAUUGCUGCAGACAAAAGUGGGCCGCGAAUUCGAUUUGAUCUGACAGGUGAAGGUAUGAAUGCCGGUGAACACAGUUUUGAAAUAUUGUUCGCGAAUACGCCCCUUUCGGACUCACCUAGGAGCGUUAUUGGCUCGAGUGACCAGGUCGUACUGACCGGUAAAGGAUUGGCGCAUGCAAACUCCGGAGAACCCGCCAUUUUUACAAUCGAUGGCUCCAAAGCGAGUUCCGGUAAUCCUGAAGUUACGCUGUACGCGGCUGACUCAAACAUCCCCGUGCCUGUGAUGAUGAGUGUAGCCGGUGAAAAAAUAUGGAAAGCGUCUUAUACUGCUGAUACUCCAGGAAGUUAUUUGCUCUCGGUACUGUGGGCGGGUAGACCCAUCAAAGGAUGUCCGCUGAUGGUUGAAAUAAAGGGACGCGCAGAUGCGUCGAAGGUACUAUGUUCGGGCGAAGGAUUACGCCAAGGGGUUGUCGGCAGGGAAAUUCGUUCUUGGAUCGACACUAGGAGAGCAGGUCCCGGUGAGCUAACGGCACACUGUUCGGGACCACGCAAAGUUGCUUAUUGUGAAUUAUACGAUCACGGCGACGGAACGUUCACAUUAAAUGUUAAACCUCAAGAAGCUGGUAGACACAAUCUCACUAUUAAAUAUGCCGGACAGCACGUGCAAGGAUCGCCAUUUCUGUUGCGCGUUGCUGGCACCCCUGACGCCAGUAAAGUGCGUGUAUACGGACCCGGUAUCGAGCAUGGCGUGUUGGCGACUUUCCAGUCUAGGUUUAUUUGCGAUACCAGAGGCGCAGGAGCGGGUCAACUGACUGUCAGGGUGAGGGGUCCGAAAGGUGCUUUUAGAGUUGAAAUGCAACGGGAAAGUCAAAAAGACCGUACAAUACUAUGCAAGUAUGAUCCCACUGAACCUGGGGAUUACCGAGUCGAAGUUAAGUGGGCUGGCGAAUUAGUACCUGGAUCACCUUUCCACGUGAUGAUUUUCGACACUCAAGAAGAACUGAGAAGAUAUGUCACUUCACUUUAAAUCGUUAAGGAACACGUUUUAUUUAUUGGUUACAUUUAUAUAAAGUAUAAAACGUUUUGCAUAUUAUGUACUCUAAUAUAAUA